AUGCGUCUCAUCAACACAAAAACUCUGCAGCUGGAAGAGUUCAAUGAAAUCAAUCGGCCGCGCUAUGCGAUUCUCUCUCACACUUGGGGAGAUCAAGAGGUCACAUUUCAGGACAUGCAAAAUGAUUCAGGCCAACACCUCUUGAAAGCCGGCUACCAAAAGAUCCUUCAAACCUGCAAAGUGACUCUAGAAUCCAACUUGGAGUACGCUUGGAUUGAUACCUGCUGCAUCGACAAGACCAGUAGCGCCGAGCUGUCCGAGGCCAUCAACUCCAUGUUCAAGUGGUAUGAGGGUGCCACGAUAUGCUACGCUUAUCUGCCCGAUGUGAAUGAGACAUCUGAUGGACGGUCUACCAUCCCCAAAAGUCGCUGGUUUACGAGGGGCUGGACACUACAGGAGCUCAUCGCUCCCCGAAGACUUGUCUUUUAUGCGUCCACUUGGGAACUCAUUGAUUCUCGAAGCAACCUCAGCGAAACCAUUGCUUACACCACUGGUAUCGAUAAGAGGCUCCUCCAAGACAAUCGCGAUGAUCUUCACAGGAUACUGAGAAGUUCGAGCAUUGCUCAGCGGAUGAGCUGGGCGUCGAGACGGCAGACAACUCGCACGGAAGACCUCGCCUACUGUCUGCUGGGCAUCUUCGACAUUAACAUGCCUCUGUUAUAUGGCGAAGGGAGCAAAGCCUUUGCUCGGCUCCAAGAAGAAAUCAUCAGGCACACGGACGAUCAGUCGAUAUUCGCAUGGGGCCUCGGCGAGACGCAAUACCCCGAUUCCUGGUCAAGCACAAGUGUCCUUGCCCCUUCACCGAUGGCCUUUGCUGGAUCAGAAUACAUCGUUCCAGUCGACACUUGCCAGGACUCUGCCCCAUUCUCAAUAACAAAUCGUGGGAUCCGAAUUGACUUGCGUAUAUGGCGCGGU